AGCUCCAGGGUCGAAAUUGUGAAAUUUUCUCAAUAAAUUUCCGCCUUGGAUUUUCACCCCUCGUCGUCUCGAUCUCUUCCCGUCUUUCCUUUUGUCUUUCUUUGUUACUUUUCGUUUUUUUUUUUUGGCGUUUCCUCCAAAUCCAGCUUUUGCUCUCCUCCUCACUCUCGCUUCUGAAUUUCGAUCUGCUCUGAUCUGCUCUUGGCGACCUUUCGAAGAUUUGCAAUGAAUUAGGAAUCGGCCUUUGCCUUUGUUUGGGUUCCCCGGUGAGGAAGUCGAUGGCGGAGGGAGGGAACGGGCACCUCGUCAAGAUGGACUCCACCGAAUCCCGGUGGGUCGCCCGCGACGAGGAGGACGACUCGAACGAGGAAGAAGAUGAUUCGUCUCGCAGGAGGAGCUACGAGUCGGAUGAGGAAGAGGAAAAUGUGGAACAGAGGCUGAUCCGGACUGGCCACCGAAUCGACUCCUUCGACGUCGAAGCUCUCGAGGUCCAUGGAGCUCAUAGAAAUGACUUUGAGAAUGCUACUCCGGGAAGGCACAUAGUGCUUGCUCUUCAGACGCUUGGAGUUGUAUUUGGGGAUGUUGGGACGAGCCCAUUGUACACUCUUGAUGUCAUGUUCAAUAAGUAUCCUCUUGUUCAGCAGGAAGAUGUUCUAGGAGCACUCUCUCUUGUUCUAUAUACAUUGAUUUUGGUGUCACUUGUCAAAUAUAUCUUCGUUGUCCUUUGGGCUAAUGAUGACGGUGAAGGAGGAACAUUUGCAUUGUAUUCUUUGAUUUGCAGGAAUGCAAAGGCUAGCCUUCUUCCAAAUCAGUUGCCUUCUGAUGCUCGCAUAUCAAGUUUCAGGCUGAAGGUUCCAUCUCCAGAACUAGAAAGGUCUUUGAAAAUCAAGGAGCAUCUUGAAAAGUCUUUAAUGUUAAAAAAGCUGCUGUUGAUAUUGGUUCUAUUUGGUACGGCUAUGGUGAUUGCUGAUGGUGUCGUCACUCCAGCAAUGUCAGUGAUGUCUGCUUUCAAUGGGUUGAAAGUUGGAAUAUCUAGCAUCGAGCAAGAAGAAGUGGUGAUGAUCUCAAUUGCAUCUCUUAUAGUCCUGUUCAGUGUUCAGAGGUUUGGAACAAGUAAAGUAGGGCUUGCUGUUGGUCCAGCAUUAUUCAUAUGGUUUUGCUCACUUGGAGGCUUUGGAAUUUAUAACCUUUUAAAGUAUGGAACAUUUGUUCUUAGAGCAUUUAACCCUCUUUAUAUAUACUACUACUACAAGAGAAAUCCAACUGAGGCAUGGUUGUCUCUGGGGGGUUGUGUUCUUUGCAUAACAGGUUCUGAGGCAAUGUUUGCUGACCUUUGCUAUUUCUCAGUUAGAUCUGUACAGCUUACUUUUGUAUUUCUCGUUCUUCCAUGCCUUCUCUUGGGAUACCUUGGUCAGGGUGCAUUUCUUUUGGAAAAUUUAACUCAAAAUGAGCAGGUCUUCUUUUCAUCGAUCCCCAGAGGAGCUUUCUGGCCGGUAUUCUUUAUAGCCACUAUAGCUGCACUAAUUGCAAGUCGGGCAAUGACAACAGCAACUUUUUCAUGCAUAAAACAAUCAAUAGCUCUUGGUUGUUUUCCCCGACUUAAAAUCAUACACACAUCUCGGAAGUUCAUGGGCCAAAUAUACAUUCCAGUGAUAAACUGGUUUCUGCUGGUUUUCUGUGUGGCAUUUGUUGUUUCCUUUGGGAGCAUAUAUAAGAUGGGCAAUGCAUAUGGCAUUGCUGAACUUGGCGUAAUGAUCAUGACCACAAUCUUAGUGACUAUCAUUAUGCUUCUUAUAUGGCAGAUUAACAUUAUGAUUGUGUUCUGUUUCUUAACCUUCUUUCUGGGGUUGGAAUUGCUUUUCUUCUCUUCGGUUUUGGGCAGUGUGGUGGAUGGAAGUUGGGUGAUGUUAGUUUUUGCAGGGGUAUUAUUCAUGAUAAUGUACAUAUGGAAUUAUGGCAGCAAGCUUAAGUACGAAACUGAAGUGAAACAGAAGCUAUCAAUGGACUUGAUAUUGGAUCUUGGUUGCAGCCUGGGUACUAUUAGGGCCCCUGGAAUUGGCUUAGUUUAUAAUGAGCUGGUUAGAGGAAUCCCUGCAAUCUUUGGUCAUUUCUUGACCACCUUGCCAGCAAUUCACUCAAUGAUCCUAUUUGUGUGCAUAAAAUAUGUGCCUGUUCCUGUAGUGCCACAGACUGAAAGGUUCUUGUUUAGGCGCAUCUGCCCCAAGAGCUAUCACAUGUUCCGUUGCAUUGCUCGAUAUGGCUACAAGGAUGUGCGAAAGGAACAUCACCAAACAUUUGAACAGCUUUUGAUUGAAAGCCUGGAGAAGUUUGUACGUCGAGAAGCUCAAGAACGGUCACUCGAGAGUGAUGAAGAUGCCGACACAGAUUUUGAGAAAGAAGAUUCAUCCACAAACAUUCUUGUCGCUCCCAAUGGCAGUGUAUACUCCCUCGGUGUGCCACUUUUGUCUGGUUAUGGCCCCAUUGAUAAGGCAAGCUCGGAAGCUAGUACUUCCUUUGAUGAGCCACGUGACGAGUGUCUGACAGAAGCACACUUUAGCCUCGAACGAGAGCUCUCAUUCAUACACAAGGCAAAAGAAUCAGGGGUUGUUUAUCUCCUUGGACACGGUGACAUUAGGGCGAGAAAGGAAUCUUGGUUUAUAAAGAAGUUGGUUAUAAACUACUUCUAUGCGUUCCUUAGAAAGAACUGCAGAAGAGGUAUUGCAUCUUUAAGUGUUCCCCACACAAAUCUGAUGCAGGUGGGCAUGACUUACAUGGUCUGAUUGCCCAGUUGUUAAUUUUUUGUUUCUUAGUUGAAUUUACCCCAUUAGUCUUUCACAUGACUGGAUCAUUUUGAAGGAUGAUUCGAUAUGUAUUUUCAGCUGACCUGGAUCUCUGAACGCUAACAAAAGAUUUAUUAGAGAGCUGAUCACCCAUUUACUAUGCA